CACGGUGCCUGCGAAGGCUCGGUCGUAACCGCUGCGGGGGUUCCAGAAAUGAUACUUCUGUGCUUGGAGCAUAAAAUGGCUUUCCGAGCUCCCCCCCCCCCCGCAUCUUUUCUGUCGUCGUGCAAUGCUGCAUUUGCGUUCGCUUGCAGAGGGUCCCUGGAUCAGUCCUUGUUUUCACUGGGCAGAGAUGGGAAACGUUACUCUAAACCCCUGUGAGCUGCUGCUGGUCUUUGUAAAAUAGAGACACACAGCACGAUCCUUGCCAGGAUUUUUGGAUGACAUCUCCCAUCGGCCCCAGCGCAUGUUGCCGGUGGUUAGGGGCAACGGCCAUGAAUGGUGGCAGUAUUCAUCUAAAGCAUGUUGAGCACAGUUGAGGUUACUGCCCCUGUGUCCUGGAUGAGAUUGGGCUAGGUACAUGGUCAUAGUGAGCUCUGAUUUGAUUACUUAAGGGUGGCUUUGACGUCUGCAUAUUCCUCUCCUCUUUGAAAACACAUGUAGGGUUUGAGUUGGAGUUUGUGUUUCAACUUCUAUUCCGGUAUCUCACUCUUAAAAGCAACAUCCCAUCGAUUUUUUUUAAAAAAAUAUUUUUACACCUUUUCCGUUUCCUUUAAAACGUGAACCUUAUUUAGGUUUCUCGUUUGUAUGAUUUACAGUUUAAUAGGGUGCCACUGUGCUGACUGGUCUUGUUAUCUUGCUCCCUUGCUACCAGUGUGUUUCUGCAUAUGCAUAGCCUCACCAUGUGAGGGCCAGCUGUCAUUACAUGAGUUCCCACAAUGCAGUGAGGGCCUACUUAUACGGAGCUUGUUCUUCAAAUCUACCUCUAAUGUAUGGAGAUGAUGUUGAUCUAAAAUGAAGCUGUUAUCUGCGGACCCUAGAAUAUUAUCUCUGGCUGCCCAGAUCACUGAAAGCCCUCAUCAGGAUGUUCCUGGAUUGCUGUUGAAAAUAAAAGAUAUUUUAACUAGUGCACCACCUGGAAGUAACGAAUCACAGAAAAUUAAACAAGACUUGUAUUGCUACGAUCUGAUUCAAUACUGCAUAUUAAUCCUUAAGCAAGAUUAUACAAGGGUGUUUGGAGGCUGGGCUACUGCUGCCCAAAUAGCAGAGAUACUAAGCCUUUGUUGUAUGGAUCUUGAGGUGAAAGAAAAUCCAGAGGAAUUUUACAAGAAGAUACUGCCUUCUGCUGCAGACAACCUCCUCUUCUUAGGAAGGCGUUUGCAAGCACGGCUUGUCCGAGCAAUCAAGGAUGAAGAGAGAAAUGAAUUUUUACGUUGUUUCAGGACUGCAACUGAUGCCCUCUGCAGGCUGUGUGGAGGACACAUUCAGCUAAUUGGAAAAGUGCUUCAGAAUGGACACUUCCAACAACUGUUGGUGACUGAUGAUGUUGAAACUACAACAGUAGUUAUGUCUAUUUUGCAGAAUAUUUUAAGAGCCAACAGUGCUGUGUUACUUGAAGUGCCAGAAGGAACCCUGCACGGUAUUUUGGAUGAGCUUGUGUACAAGCUUUCUUCUACCACCAAUCCUGUCCUAGGAAAUGCAGCUACAAAACUGUUACUAUUGAUUGCAGAAUCUGAUGCUCAACUUGUGACAACACUGGUUUCCCGCUACAAAGGACUACAGACUCUUCUAAGCAAGCAGUGGUCUGGCAAAGGAUUUGACAAGAGUCUUAAUCAACUUUUGGACUUGCUCUGCUCAGAAAACUAUACAGCUGGCAAAAUGCAGAGACAACAUCAAGCAGCUUGCUUAAUCCAGGCAGCUUGGAGGGGAUUUCAAACCCGAAAAAGACUAAAGCAGCUUCCAAAAGCAAUAACUACCUUGCAGAGGAAUUUCAGAGCUAAAAGAGAACAGGAGCUGCAAGAUUUAAAGAAAAAGAAAGAAGAGGAGAGCCUCCGCCAGCAAGUGCAGCUUCAGAGAAAGAGAGCUAUGAGGCUCUUUCAUGAGCGACAGCUUACACUACUGGAAAUAGUCCAUCCAGGUCAGGUAGAGAAACAUAUACAUGAAAUGAAGGAGAAUGCAGCCCUAACUAUCCAGAAAUACUGGAGAGCAUUUAGGGCAAGGAGAAAUUUUCAUCAGCAAAAAACCCAUCUUAAGCAAUAUAAGGCAGCCAUCCUUAUCCAAAGAACAGUGCUCAAAUUCUUGGAAAAGCAAAGGAAAAGGAAGGCCGAACAGCCUACAUCCCUCUCUGAUGAACAGAGGCUAUCAUUUCAGCAGAAAGUGAAUGACUACAUCAAACUGCAUGCGGCUUCCAAGAUGUCAGCAGAAAUGAGCAGAGAACUUCAUCAUCAAGCCCAGGAAAAACUAGCCCAGUAUUUGCUCAAAAGAAGCCAGAAUCACAAAGCAGAGCAGCACAGAGAGGCUUUGUUAGCCCAGAUUCAUACAGAUGUGGAUCAGCUGAUGUGUGCUCCCAGUCUCUCAGAGUCCACCAUAAAAGAUCUGAAUGUUUUUAUGAGCAGAUCAGUUCCUGUAGUAUGCAAAGCCAAACAGAACCACAAUGCCAUGUUGAAAUACACACAGUGGCCCUGGUGGAAGAAGCUUGAAGAAGACUUCUUAGAUGAAGAGGCUGUCUCAGACGAUCUCAGUGCUGAACAGGGAACUUUGUUCAUUGGUGGAAGCAAAGUAUAAUUGGGAGACAGCAAUUUCUGUUUCAAUGUCUCUCUAAUCCUGUAGUUAAUUUUCUGUGAAAGAACAUAUCACAAGAUGUUCAGGCAAGCAGUACCUCAACACUGUCCAAAGAUGUUUUUUUUAGAUGAUUCAUUAUUAAUAAAAUGGGUUUGUACUUAUAUGGGAAAA